GUGGCUAUCCGUCUGUCCUCCCGUCGCGAUUCGAUCUCCACCGGGUUGGAGACAAACGGGUGGCGGUUGGUGAUACCUGAUCGAUCAUUCUCUUCAGGAGAUCAUUAAUUCACUUGUUGUCUGCCCCAGAAAGGGAUGGGGAUGAAAAGAGACCCCCUAAGGAAAAGAGUGACGAAAGUGACGAAGAUGAAGUCGAAGAACGAUAUCGUCACGUGAGUACGCGGCACGUGCCGGCAUCGCGACGCGACUUUGGCUUCAUUUUCUCUCUUUCUCUCUCUCUCUCUUCUUGUUCUCUCAGUCUCCACUUUUGGCUCCUCUUUUGGACCGGAGAUCCCAUCAUGCCCGAUGUCAUUGACCUGGUCUCCUCCUCUCCCCGUCCCCUCCCUCCCCCUCCCCCUACCUCCGCUACGACCGUCAAUCAAGCUCACCAUGAACCUGCCUCCAAUCCCUCGAAACGCCGUCGACUGAGCCCCGAUGCCCAGGAUCCGUUCGUGCUCUUCUCCGACGAAGAUGUCCUGCCAUCCAGACCCGCUCCGAUGCAGACAUACCCGGGGGAUCUGACGUCCGACCCCAUCACCUUCACCUCCUCCGCCCCGCCGAUCCCCCCAGACACCAUCACCAUUGACGAUGACGACGACAUCGACGAGUUCAGCGAUCCCUUCGCCGUCCCCGACCCAGCAGAUCUGUGGAAUCUCGCAACCACCGCCACCACCGCCGCCCCCGAGAUGAUCUCGCGCCCCCGUCCCCAGUUCUCAAGUCGCACCGAAAAUCUCCUCGCCAGUCUUCACAACCGAUCCCAGUCCAACGGCGUUAACGACGACGACUAUGACGCCCCAAAGCCUCGGUCCCGGCCUACGUCAACGGGGAGUCAGCCCAAAAUCCACCCCCCACGCAAGGACGGUGAAGACCGAGAUCUCCUCGACGACCCGCCAUCUCCCCGACCAGCCCCUCGCAAAACAGCUUCGAAACGGACCACCGCCGACAAGGAUGCCCGGGCCCGCGAACGGGAAGCCACCAAGGCGCAGCGAGAGCACGACCGACAAGUCGAGAAAGAGCGGAAGCAGCGGCUGAAGGAAGAGAAGGCGCGGGAGAAGCAGCGGACAGCCGACCUGGCGGCCGUCAACAAGCUCAAGAUCGACAAGAAGGAAUCCCUCCCGGAGAUGAUCGUCGACCUGGCCACCACCUUGCAAGAGACAAGUGUGGGCAAUCAAACGGCCGAGUUCAUGACCCGGCUGGGAGUCGAGCAGACCUUCUUCGCGAGCGCGAUUCCCAACGUCGUCCGGUGGCGCCGCAAGGUCCGCGCCCAGUACAACCCCCGUCUCGGAUACUGGGAGCCGUGUGUCCCCCACGUCCAAGACGAAGCGCACGUCCUCGUGCUGCUCACAGCCCAAGAAUUCGUCAACCUGGCCACCGCGACUCCAUCCACCCACCCUUCAGAGUCAUCACAUCCCGUCGACCUCCAAACCCACGUCCACAACCUCAGAACCGCCUACCCCAACUGCUCCCCCAUCUACCUCAUCGAGGGCUUAAAAGCCUGGUUCCGCAAGAAUCAAACCGCCCGCAACCGUGCCUUCCAAGCCGCCCAACCCGACCCCAUCUCCGACGAUGUCGUCGAAGAUGCCCUCCUCGCCCUCCAAGUCACUCACACCUGUCUCAUCCACCACUCCGGCACGCCCGCCGAAUCCGCCACUUGGAUCAAGACCUUCACCGAACACGUCUCCACAGUGCCGUACCGUCGCGAGCGCAUGAACGGUCAAGACGCCGCCUUUUGCAUGGAUACCGGCCAGGUCAAAUCCGGCGACAACAAGUCUGACACUUUCAUCAAGAUGCUCCAAGAGGUGAACCGCAUCACGGCUAGCAUGGCCUACGGGAUUGCAGAGCGAUACCCUAGUGUGAUGGAUCUCGUCGGGGGGAUGAGAAGGGAGGGUGUUUCUACUCUGGAGGAUGUCAAGAAAUCCGCCAACAAAAACGGCGCCCUCACCAACGCCCGCAUCGGCCCCGCCGCCAGUAAACGCCUCUACAAAGUCUUUAUGGGAACGGACCCGACAGCAACGGGUGUAUGAUAUGAUAUAAUAUGAUCUAGCCUGACAUCCGUAGUUUACUCUAUUGGGAUUAUUCUUUACGGUGUAUACCAUGUCCAAUAUCUCUAUUGGUUGCUUGAUUGAUCUUCCUUCGUUGACUGGAUUGGUUCUUUGUCUUUUUUGCAGCGUUCAAUGGGUUCGCAUAUAUCAUAUAGGUUGCAUCGCAGUGCGUUGGGUGGGUUUGUAUUAUGUUGCAUGCAUUGCAUAUGUUGA